AAACCACGUUUUUAUAUGGCGCACAUGCCUCGGCUCGGUGGAUAGUCCAUGUCAAAUAGCGUUCACUAAGCAAAUAGGUUUAGAUUACUUGUGAUUUUGUUAAAAAAAGGAAUAUAAAUAUAUGUAAAGAACUUGCUGUUUAAAAUGUCUGCAUUUAUGGAUUUAAACAUAAUCGCCAUCAGCGACAAGAAAAAACUGCAAAAUAUCAUAGAGACAGCAGCCCACCUUGGAUAUUCCACAGUUGUAAUAAAUUAUGUAGUGGAACAACAACAGAAGAAACAGCGAAUUCCUUCACCAACACCUGUUUCAGAGUUGUGUGAAAAGCUCCCCAUAGUCCAGGGUAAAUCCAGACCAAUUAAAGUGCUUAACCGGCUAACGGUUGUGGCCACAGAUGCCUCUCACUAUAGGCCGUCUAAUGAGUACAAGAACUUUGACAUUUUGGCCGUGUAUCCCAAAACAGAGAAACUCUUCCAUGCUGCCUGCAUGACAUAUGAUGUGGACAUCAUCUCCAUAGCAGCGACUGAGAAACAGCCUUUUCUUUUCAAAAGGUCACCAAUAAAUGGGGCAAUCGAAAGGGGAGUGGUUUUUGAGAUAAGCUACACAGCGGCCGUCAGAGACUCCACCAUGAAGAAAUACACAAUCGCGAACGCCAUCAACCUGGUGAAUGUGUGCAAGGGAAAGAAUGUCAUUAUGACGAGUGGAGCGGAGACAGCCCUGGAGUUACGUGGCCCAUAUGACAUUGCUAAUCUUGGGCUAGUGUUCGGUCUCUCUGAAGGGGACGCCAAAGCUGCGAUCUCUACAAACUGCCGUUCUGUUGUACUGCAUGGAGAGACCCGUAUGACAGCACAGGGUAUUAUUCACGUGAAGAAGAAGAGCCAGCUGCCCAUUCAGGAGCCAGAGGAAGAAAGUCCAGCCUUAAAGAGGGCCAAAACUGAAACACUUUAGUACAGACUUCAAGUUGGAAAAUAACAGCAGUUCAUUUUUUUUUUUUUUUUUUGUUUAGUCUGACAGCUAAUUUACAGGACUCAUGCAGACACUUUUCUUCAGUUUUCAGAAUCAGAAAACUAAACUGCUGUCUGGACUUUGAAUUCAGUCAGAUUUGACAAUCCUCAUCCACUGGUGUGUUUUCUGCUUGUGUGAUAUUGACAGACAAAACACUGAUAUGAGCACAUCAAAUUGUUUAAAACCAUGUUCUUAUUACUUCUGAAACAUUUGUCAUAAGAUUUGCAGAGAUUCUCUAUCGACCUGCAAGGAUCAGUAUCUGUUCUAAUAUUAAUGAUGAAAUGUUUAGAAUUAAGCAUCAUCACAUGUGAGGGAGAGCUUUUGUGCUGUAUAUUAGCGCGAGUGUAGUGCAUUUAUAGGCAGGAGGGCCGUGCUGAUAUUCAGCACAACAGCACAAUCUUGAAAGUGAUGAGUUUUUAUACAACAGUUCCACAAACACCAUUUAUUAUCAGCAGAUAAUAAUUUCUUUUAAUUUCUCUUUAUAUUUCCACUAUAUAACAUAAGCUCCAGGGUUUGAAUCCCAAAUAGUGUUAAAUGGAAAGUUAGUGCACUCUGUAAAGUGUAUUAUUCCUUGUUUCACACACCAAGUAGUACCCUUGAUUAGGGGUCAGGGAGUGAUUUGGGAUUCAGCUUUGUGCUAUAAGCUAGUUUGCUUUGUAGCUUGCCUUGCGUAUAAAUAAGGCAACAAGGCAAUUCAAAACAACUUCAAAGCAAUUAUUAAGGAGACAAAGUGUUUAUGUUGCCACAAUGUCAUCAGAUGUGCUUUCUAAUUAAUUUAAUGACUUUUUUUUGUUUGUUUGUUUGAAUGUGGGUAUUGGCAGGCAGUUGCUCUCUCCUCCGUAUUGCAGACCGUACAAUCUACUUUAACCCAUGCUGUAACCAUUUGUUACAGUAAUUAAUGGGUAUUAAAACAACUGUGAUGCAUAUAGGUAAACAUCCCUGUGCUAUUAUCAUCUGCUAUCACCGUCUCCUUAAAUCAAUUUACUCGGUUUGAACUAUCUGUUGUAAAAUAAAAAAAAAUUCUUAUAACAUUAUUACAGAACCAGUGGAGUGCAUGUUUACAACCAGAAUUUUUGUUCAUUUGCAAAUAAAUGUCACACAACACCUACCACUGAUGUUUAUUUCAGUAGCAAAAAACAUGGUUUAUUCAGUCCAAUUGUUAAAAAAAGUCACAGUUCGAAUAAAAAAAAAUCUUUGAUUUAAAAAUGUAACUUACAAUGUGAACAAUAUUAAAUUGUUAUUAAAAACAGAUCAUAUACAGUAUGUGGUGCUGUUGAACAAGGCACACCUUUAAGCCUAGUGCUGGUUGUUAGGUUUUAUAGAAACCUUUAGGAAUUAAAAUGUCAUUAACUUGCACCUGGUUUGCCA